AUGGAUGAUCAAAAACCAGAAGGGAUUCCUCAUGUCCCUAAGUCUUGGGCUAUAUACAGCAAAUGGGCCAUGAAUGCUUGGAAUAUAUGGACGAGAAAGGCAAACCAGCAGAGACGACUUGGAGAACCACCAAUUCCAACAGCUGACAAUCUGGAGCUUGUAAUGCCAAAACAACUAGACAAUUAUUUAAAAGACUUUGUUAACAACAUGAGACGUGGAGAUGGUGCGGAAUUUAAGAAAGAAUCAGCCCAAAAUAUUUACCGAGGUCUGGCUGCUCAUUUAAUCAGCAACCUUAAAUGUCCACAUCUGAAUUUUUUGAACCAUCAUGAUGAAAAUUUUCUUCAGUUUCGAAAAGCAGCUUACAAAACAACAUACAGAAAACAUGUCAACGUGAGCUCUGCAGAUCAAUCUGAUCAGAGGAAUCAUUUGUGGGAUAGAUAUUUUCUGGACUUGGACUCGCCAGAAGGACUCCUACGUGCUGUUUUUGCAUUGAAUACCUUUGUGUUUGGUGUAGAGACAGUAGAGGCACACAGUUUGUUGAUGACUAAUCAGUACCUUCUUGAGUCAGACAAAGGUGGAGAUUUCAUUGAGUUCUUUGGAAAUUUAAAGGGAGCUGGGCCAUCAUAUAAAGAUAAAGAUAGCAUUCUUUCUGUAGAGGAGAUAAAGCUUUAUAAUACUGGAAAAAAUUAUUCUGUAUACAACAUCUUCAAAAAAUACUUAAACAGCAUACAGCCCAAUGGAAAGUUCUACAGCCUUCCUCAUACUAUCACAUGUAGAGGCGGAACAGUCACAAAAGAGAAAACUAAGAGAUUUUCAAGUACUGCCAUGAAUAACAAACAGAUCCAAGAAUUGCAGGAGGAUUUGAUAUCUUCACGUUUUUACAAAAAACUGCCGCUUUUUACAGACUUUGACACUGAAAAGCGGCGAUUCAAUAUUUAUCCAUCACAUCUUUCCAAACUGACACCAACUUCAUUGACUUAUGUGGAUCCAGAAGUCAUCGCACUAGCAACACAAAGAAAGGUGAACUGUGCAGAAUACUUAUUAAGUGAGGAAAAUGAAGAUGAUGAGACAAUGACUCAUAUCACACAAAAAGUUUCCACUUCACAAACUUCUGCAUCAAAUCAGGUACAAGAGGAACUGUGGACAAAUUCUAGAGCAGCUUUACGAAGUCUAAGAAAAGAACCAAAUUUGCAAGAAAAUGCACCAAACCAGAUAUCAAUUACACCACCUUUGAUGACAGGUACACCAACCAGGCUAUCAGACACACCAAAGACAGGUACACCAAACUUGAUGACAGAUACCCUAAAUUUAAUGACAAGUACACAAAACAUGAUGACAAAUGCUAUAAAUGCAGGAAGAGGAACACCAAAACAUCAAUUGAUUUCUGCUAGGGGCCUUCUGAAUACACAAUCAUUUGUAAACAAAUUACUACUUGAUGAACAAACUUUACUUCUCAGCACCAAUGUCAACAAAAUUAAUGAAACACCACAGACCGAAAGUAGCAGGCCUUUUCCUGAUUAUUACACAGAACAAAGAUUUAGUGAUGAAACCUUGACAGGUAAUCAUCCCCAGAACAGCUUUAUUCAACAUGGAAAAGCCAUUUCCAGUCAAGGAUACAGAACUAACCUCAAUGCCUUGUCAAAUCAACCUAGAAUGGAACACUUAUACCGGUAUAGAAAUGGUUUCACAUCGGCGUGUACAGACACUGCUCACCUGAGGACACAAACGAAACCUGGUCAAGCAACAACUACACAUGAAAAUAGUACAACUGAAACAGAAUCAGAUCUACAAAGUCCAAAACAAACAUUCAGUAGAGCUCCAUUUCCCGAGAAUUUCCCAAAAACAUCGACUAAUUUUACCACAACAGAUGACCAACCUCCAUCAUUCCCAUUAGACAACGUGUUUAGAUUACAUCCAUUCCAUCAGCUCUAUCCACAUACUGACUGCCAAUCAUCAGCAGAACUUUUUCACCAAAUGUUAAAACAAUACAGAAUUAUGACACCACAUCCUGUGGACCAGACCUCUUAUUUGGGAGCAAAAUUAUCCCAGACAUCCAGUAGCUGCCCUCCUUUCAUCGAUGGGAACUUGUCUGUUCCACACCAGGAAUUUUCACAAUUGUCUGGAAUGACUUCAGUUGAAGUCAACAACCAAAAUAUCAGAAGACAAAAAACAUUUGGAAAGGAGAAGCCAGCAUCGCCAUCACCAUUUCCCCUUCAGCGAAUGGAAAUUUCCUUUAAAGAAAGUUUGAAAGACUACCAUGACCAACUGUAUCAAGGACGUUUUGAACAUAAUUUACCUGAGAAAAAUAGCACAAACAGCUGUGUCCAGAAAAGACUGGCAUCUGCAUGUGGUUUUGAGACACAGAAGAACUUCAAAAGAAGUAAUCAGAGACACCAGGAGUUAACUGAAUACACAGAAGGAGGGAUCAAUGGACUGAAUGACAAAGAAAAGAAAACGCCAAUUUCUACUCUACCAAAUCAAACAAAACCUUUACAAGAUUUCAUUACAUCCCCUCUUAAUACGACUGCAGAUCAAAACAGAUCUCCAUCAAAUCGUAUCGAAAUGCAUCAAGAUUACCUUGGAAAACCAUCAGAUCUCUUCAAUAUAAACUCUGAUAAUUGCAAUAGCACCCUUAAUCAAAAUAGGCAAACAGCAGAAGACACCACUGAUGAAGUUAAGAUGAACCAUGUAGGUACAUAUCCUGGUGAGAGGCAUGGCCAUAAUGAAAUAGAGGCAAAUCUACAGGAGGACACCAUUACUGAAGAUGUAAGCAAUGAACGGAAAAUAACAAGAGAGACACACGACUCCAAAAGUUUUAUUGAUGAACAGGUUAAAAACAAGUCAUUAGAACAAGCUAAUCCUACUACCAGAAACAGAAAUUCUGAUGGUGAAAGUCUGGACCAAGAAAUCAAAGAGCUAUUGGACUUUGACCCUACCUUACGAAAAUCCUUUCACCAGAAGUGUUCAGACUGGUGGUUACGACACAAGAGUAGGUUUGAGAAGAACAAUAUAUUGACAUCCAAAUCCAAUUCAAAAAGCUGCAACAUGUCUACAUAUUCAAACAAUGAGGAUGAAAACACAUUUCGUGAAAGGGAACCAGAAACUUUAAGCCCAAAUGAUGGAAUACUACAAGGGAAUGUUACAACAGCUGCAAAUGAAAAUGAAAAUACAUCUAUACUGAUGUCAGAGAAAGACAAUAGCUUCAACAUCAAGAAUGGCAAUCCAAUAUUACUUAAUCCAGAUAGCAUUCCUCUCAAGAUAAACACUUGUAGUAAUGAUGUAUGUGAUCUCCCAGGACUGAACAGUACAGGAAGCUAUCAGGACUCCCAGGAUAUCUCUGAGGUUUCUUGUGUAGCUGAUGAUGUGAAAUGCAUGUCAUCAUUGUAUGUGGAUUAG